UCUUUGCUGGAGGAUUAGAGCAAUGUCCCUGAGGAAGAGGAAGAGGAGGACGUCCCGUAUGGGCUGUAUUUGUGUUGUAAAGCUCCUGCAACUUUUCAGGACACAUUUCCCCUGCUGACUAUAAUGCCUUCCACAAAGAGCUCUAAUCACUGGACGUUAUCAGAGUUCAUUGGGCAGCGGAGGCUUUUAGGACUCGGAGCUCUGCUGGCAUGGCUCGUCCUCUUCCAUCUCCUUGUGAACGUCUGGCUCCUCUGCAUCUUCACCAGUCUCUUGGUGGUUCUGGGGGGUUGGCUCGGGUCCCGUGCCUUACUGGACGCAAACAGCCUUCUCCACUUGGAGCACUUUUUGCCUCUUGGCAAAGUUAACCCACCCCUGAAUUCACCUGAACAUGAGUGGAGGUUGAACCACGAGAUCAACAGUGUUGUCCACAAAGCGGUGCGUGAUUUUGUGUCCUCGUGGUAUCGCACUUUGCUGCCAGGGGUGGAGGGGGAGUUUGAGCGUUCGGUGUGUGAUUCGAUGCUGGAGUCAGUGAUGGAGCUGAAGGAGCGUGCACGGCGAGUGGACAGAAAAGCACUGGUUCAACGGCUGCUAGAGCUGUACGGCUGUCACCUGCAGAGCUACAUGACGGCAAGACAAAUACAGUUGACACAAAAGGAGAGAAUCAGCCUCUGGCAGCUGUACAGUGAAGUAGAUGCCCCUCAUCCAGCUGUGAGCAAUGCAGUUGCUGAGCUCAGCUACUCAAGAGCUCUGGUAAACCUCGUCUUACAUGUGCUUGUUCCAUACCCUCAGAUGGAAACCAGGACAGGAGGCUACAUGGUUACAGAACUCAUCACCUGCAACGUGCUGUUGCCGCUUAUAAGCAGGGUGUCUGAUCCCGACUGGCUCAACCAGACCAUUGUAGACAUAAUCACCAGGUCCAGAGAACCACAGGAAAUCAGUGUGGAUGAACUCCCAGCUGCAGCCUCACUAUAUGGAUGUCAGAUCCUGCAGGAGUCCUGGACCACCUGCAGGUCCCUCUCUUCUUCUGAUCACCCUACCAGCAGAAGCACCUCUGACCUUGAUGAUCUGCAGAGCCAGAAAACCAUGUGUGAGAGGGAUUCCUCACAGAGCAGCAUGGUUAGCCUGACGUCUGCUGGGAAAGUAGAAGGCUGUGACGCAGGUUUGCUCACACCUUGCAAAGUGAACUGCUGUGCAUUCCCGUCUGGCCACUACUCCCACUCAUCAGAGCCCAAAAUAAUUUCACUUGACUCUCUAAUUCCAUCAGACUCUGAAGAUGACCUGACAGGAGGCUUUUGCGAAUGUGGUCCUCCAACAAACUUCUGCAAUGUCAUAAAUUUAAAGGGUGAUGAGGCAUUCGGCUGCUUUGGUCCUUUGAAAAAUCUUGGGCCAAAGGUUGUGGUGCCUGAGGACUCCCAGUGGCCAGCAGGUAUGGCCCAGGAGAAAUCCCCAACUUGUUCUCCAAGAAGAGUUUGUCUAACCUCAUGCAACUUUGAUACCUCCAGUAACCAAGCUACACCUGUCAACAUCCAGAACGUGCAAAUUUCUGGCACUGUCACUGCGAAGGAGCAACGUGGCACAGGCACACAUCCCUAUACUCUCUACACCGUAAAGUUUGAGACGAUGGCUGAAAACGGCGGUACUCUGCAACCUGUGUCCUGUCACACUGUCAACCGGAGAUACAGCGAGUUCCUCAACUUGCAAACACGUUUGGAGGAGAGGCCUGAAGUCAAGAAAGUAAUCAAGAAUGUCAAAGGCCCAAAGAAAAUGUUCCCUGACCUUUCGUUUGGCAGUGCAGACAGCGACAAGGUUGAAGCCCGUAAAAACCAACUGGAUACAUUCCUUAAACAAUUAAGCAGCAUUCCUGAAACAUCAAACAAUGAGGACAUGCAGGAGUUCCUGGCUCUUAACUCUGAUGUUUGUACAUAUUUUGGAAGACGGCCUUUUGUCAAGUCAAGAAUUGAUAAGAUGGUGGAAAAUGCUUUAGACACCUUGAAGACGGCUUUCCCUCAUCCUGAGCCCCUCAGUCCGACGGAGGACCUUGAGGGAGACGCUGAUGGAAGAACAAUGGACAGCAGAAAGUACAGGAGGCUUAUGUUCCCAAGCAAAGUUUCCCCAUCUCUGAAUAUACCUGACAUACACCCUAAAGUGACCUACUGCUUCAGUGAAGGCAGCUCUGUCCUCAAUGGCAUGUCACUGUCUAGCCUGGAGGGCUUUGUCAAACAGCAGGAAAGACUUUUAUGUGAGUCGAAUGGGAAGGAGACGGCCAAGCAGAGCUGUGAGCAGCCCGGCAAAGACAAGAAGACUUCAGGGAAAAGUCACGGGACAGACACAGCUGUGGCAGAUGUUGCUUUGAACAUUUUGUGUCUGCUGAUGAGGGACCAGUGGAGUUGGCUGUGCACUGAGAACAUACAGAAGACCAUCAGACUGCUCUUUGGCACCUUCAUCGAGAGAUGGUUGGAUGUAGGAGUUGCCCAUCUUACCAGUGCCCCCUGCUGGGUGAUUUACCUCCAAGUGCUGCAGGAAGCUGUAUGGCCAGGCGGCACACUGCCUGCUCAACCUCGGCCAGAGCGGAGUGCCGCAGAAAGAGAGGAAACCAAGGAGCAGUGUCUGGACUGUUUAAUGCAGCUGCUCCCAGAGCUCAUCACUGACAUGCUGGGAAGUGAGAAGUACAGACUGAGCUUAGAGACCAUGCUGGAGUCUUUACAGGACCACCAGAUAAACAAGCAUCUGAUCUACUGCAUCUGUGACCUGCUGCUGGAGUUUCUGAUCCCUGAGUCGUGCGACGAGGCCUUCCAGAGGUCUCUGCUGCAGAGCCUGGCCAAAGACGCAGAGAGGGACAAUCUUCACACAUGAUCAGCACAUGAUAGCAUGUACUUCACAUGGAUAAUGUGCGGCACAUGUGUAUGAGGGUUAUUUAUAAUGGCCCAGAGUCACUAGAGUCAGCAGGGUGAUGGCACAAGAUAGCAGCAGCCAUUACCUGAUUGGCCCGCGGUAACAGAGAGCUCAUAAAACCUCCUUCCUCGUGACUUGCUGUGACAUAAAGAGGAGAAAGACGAGGAUUGUGUGAAUAUUUCUGAAACACCUAAAGGGGAAACAUCAGAGGGAAACAGCUGAUUGUACUCAACUACUGCUCUUAUGUGCAAUGUGCUUAUGAAGGAUCUACUGCGAACACUGCAUUAAUAAAUAGACAAAACACGCA